UAAAAUGACGCACAAUUGCGUCUACACAAAAAAUAACUUCUACGUUAAUACCGUAGCUUUUCAUAAGCGCCGCGACAUACUUCUCUCCGGGAAUAUCGCCGGAGAGCUGCAGUUAUACUCUUGGGAGAACCCCGAACUCACGUUCAUAUCUACUAUUAACAACGUACAUAGCAAGUCGGUACGCAGGGCUGACAUAAGCCAAUCAGGAGCUGAUAUCAUAUCAGUAUCUGCCGAUAAGCGGGCUGCACUAACGGAUAUUGAAAAAGGAUCGUUGAAGUGGCGUAGCAAGAAACAUGACGCUGGAGUUAGUGCAUUUUGCCAAGUAAAUGACAAUAUAAUAGCUACUGGAGAUGAUGAUGGUGGUAUAAUGCUAUGGGAUACCAGAGUUACCAAGGCAGCAUGCAAAGACAAGUGUACUGAGUUCACAAGCUCCAUCGAAGGGAUCAUGCUUGGAAAGGAUCCACAUGAUUUAUUAGCUAUAUCGGAUGACCAACUGGCGUGCUUUUCAAUGAAGAAAAGUGCUAAAAUAUCGCUACGCAGUAUGUCGGACAACGUAGAGGACGAGUUCGUGUCAUUCUGUUACAUGAAAAAUCAAAGGAAAGUUGUUUGUGGAAGUAAUACGGGGAAUAUAUGUCUGUUUUCAUAUGGCCAUUGGGGGGAUAUAAACGACCGACUGACGGUGGGCGCCCAUAGCCUUGAUUCAAUAUUACCGUACAACGAUGAUGUUUUGUUAGUCGGAGGUGACGACAAGAGCAUAAGGGUGGCGACUUUACUGCCGAACGAAGUAAAGGGUAAAAUGAAGUGCAUUGGCAAGAUGGAUAUUGACGUUUUGAGCACGGACUCGCUGUGCUUAAAUAUGGAUUCAAGCGUUUUAGCUUUCAUCGCCAAUUACGAAUAUAUCUGCAUUGUACCAACCGAUGAGGUGGAGCGCCUGCUAGACGGUGAUACGGAAGAGUCGAGUUUCUUCGAUGAUCUGGAAUGAAA